AGGAAGUGUAUCGUGGAGUAGUUCGUCUGCAGAUUUCGCGGCUUUGCCGUGGUGGUGAAAAGAAAAUGCUUUUCAUUGGUUUUAUACUAACAUUAUGGCCAAUCAUUUUUGUUCUGCUGUAUAUAGUGCUAAAUCACAUCGCCAAACCAAGACAUUCUGUAUGUAUAAUUGUUCUUGGUGAUUUAGGAAGAAGUCCGCGCAUGCUGUACCAUGCGAAAUCGUUUGCAAAAGAAGGAUAUGAAGUUGAUCUCGUUGGUUACUCGGGCUCCAAGCUGCAUGAGGAUAUACAGAUAAACAGAAGGAUAAACAGGCAUUAUCUUUUGGAACCGCCAAUUUUUGUGAAAUAUGUACCACGACUCCUGGCAUAUGUGUUGAAAGUUUUCUGGCAGAGUACAUUUUUAGGAUUAAAAUUGUUGAUUCUUCCAAAGGCCAAUUAUUUACUUUUACAGAAUCCACCGUCCAUUCCUACAAUGUUUGUUGCGCUGAGUGUAUGUUUACUGCGGGGCAGUAUUCUUGUUACAGACUGGCAUAACUAUGGUUUUACUAUACUGGCUCUGUCACUCGGCUCUAACCAUCCCCUCGUCAGAUUUUCCAGAUGGUAUGAGAAAUUUUUUGGCAGAUUUUCCAGGGCAAAUAUUUGUGUUACGAAAGCAAUGCGAGAAGAUUUAAAAACUUGGGGAAUAAGUGCAGAGACUUUAUAUGACAGACCGGCUGAACUUUUCCAAGAAGCCACAGUGGAUGAGAGACAUGAUCUAUUUAGUAAAUUAUCUCUGGCAUAUCCUAUAUUUGGCAGCAGAAAUGAGCGGGAAAGAGAUUCAACAGCAUUUACUUACCGGUCAGCGUCCGGGAAAAUCCAGUACCGCAAUGACCGUCCUGCACUUUUAGUGAGCAGUACCAGCUGGACUGAGGAUGAAGAUUUUGGAAUUUUAUUGAAAUCUUUGCAAAAAUAUGAAGUUGCAGCUUCCAAAGAUCUGCAGAAAGGCAUACCAGAUAUACUAUGUGUUAUAACAGGCAAGGGCCCACAGAAAGAGUUUUAUAGCCAAGAGAUUGAAAGUAUUGAAUGGAAACAUAUACACUUCUGUCUACCUUGGCUUGAGGCAGAGGACUAUCCAGUUCUCUUAGGAUCAGCUGACCUUGGUGUGUGCCUUCAUAAGUCUUCCAGUGGUCUUGACCUUCCUAUGAAAGUUGUUGACAUGUUUGGUUGUGGUCUUCCUGUUUGUGCGGUUCAUUAUCCCUGUUUGUCAGAGUUGGUGAAACAUGGUCACAGCGGCCUAAUUUUUAAAAACAGUCAGGAACUGUGUAUCCAGUUACAGGAACUUCUAGAAUCCUUCCCAGAUGACCUAAAAACAUUGAAGAAAAUGCGAUGCAACUUGAAAUCCUUCCAAGCUAUUCGAUGGCAUGACAACUGGAAAAGAACUGUUCUACCUUUGUUAAAGCAACAUAAGAAAGACAAGAAGAGACGAAUUUUAUGCAUUUCUGCUUCUUCGACUCGACGAGAACAUUUUCGUUUCUGUUUGUCUGCCAUUUGUAAACAACUCCAUGCAACAGAAUAUGAGGGUUGCCAAGAGGGUUGCCAAGGGGGCACGCACUCCAAAGAGAAUAAUGGUGUUUUAUUUCCCUGGUUCAUGCUGCUCAGGGAAACAUCAUGUUUAAUUUCCUGGCCACUUGAUGUGUUUCAUCUAGUCAAAGGCACUGUUAUAAAUAUAAGGACAUCGUGAAGCGACCUUCAAGUGCUAGCCAAUCAAGUUGCAUUGAACCACGGUCCACGUGAUUAAAAAAAGUCCUGGUCAGAGGUCACCAUGUCAACCAAUCAAAACGCAUUUAGAUUUUAUUCCACAUGUGGUAUAAACUUGAACUGAAUGUUUUAAACAGUUGUAAUGAUUAUUCCAUGCUUUGGUAGUUGAAUAACACCCACCUAUUGUGGUAGAAUGUAUUUUAUGUAAUGGUGAUUUUGGGAGUGAAACCAGAAGUGUAUAAUAAGUACCCAGGGUUUAUUUGGCCUGUAGCAUCACCGACGAGUUUUAGAAGGACGAUUCAUUGUUCAGCAUUUCCUUUGUAUCCCAACUGAUGAUGAGUCUUAGAAGGACCAUUGUUUGGUACAGCUUUGUAUUUAUAUCAAGGAGUGACAUUCACUUACAUGUAUUGUUUACAAUCCUUUACUUGCAGUAAGAAUGCUGAUUGGUAUUAAAACUCAUUUGCCAUUGCCCCAUAACCUGUCCAAGUACAUACAUACACGUACACACAUGUACGAAAAGUUGCAUCAGUUCUGAAUGAGUGUCAGUCGGGCGGCUUCUCUUUAAUAUCAUUUUGUUCAGGAUGUUGACCUUAGAGGUUUAUACCCCCAUACACCUCAACACAACUUUAUUCAAUCCUUAUAUUUUUAUUUUUUUGAUAUUUUUGUAUAA